UUCUUCUGUUUCAAACUCAAGACAAGCGGUUGAGGAAAAAGCAAAGCAUGUAAUGUAAACAGUGGACGAAGGAUGAAUUUUACAUUUAUUUGUACAUAAAAGUUUAAGUCAUUAAGUGAAACGUAAACACAAGGAUAUUUUACAUUUGUUUCCGCUCUACCUGAGAAGACUUCAAAAUGACACUGGGAAAGAACAAGGGAGAAUCUGCCAAAUCUUUGGUGGCACCAUUUGAUGAGUUGAUGCGAAAAGCAAAAGUGCUGCAGUCAGGAUGUGAAGCAGAAUUCAAAAUAUUCACUGUCAACCAAGAUGAAAACCGUGUGAAAUGGCUGAAUUCUGAACAGAAGAAUGAAAGUAUGGAGGACAAAUUGAAGAGGCUUGAGGCUCAGGCUGCCACCCUAGAGACUCAGCUAAAGCAUGCCAGACUCCAAGCGGAAUAUGAAUUACAAAGAAGAAAAACUGCAGAGAAAGAGAAGGAUGAUAUGGAUCGUCAAAUUGGUGUAAUAAGAGAGCUUCUUGUUGACAAGAACAGCAAGAGCAUUAUCCAUGAGAAUGACAGGGAGCGACUGGCAGCUUUUACCAGUAACCAACGUCUAAGCACACAGAACGACAUGAGCAAUACCAGACUAAACACUAUCAUGGAGCGGUCUGCAUCCUUCCUGUCGGAUGUUAGCUUUGACAAGACGGAGGAAGACCCGUUGAGCGACUCUCGGCUCCGCAGUGGCAGGAAGUGGAAGCGCCCCUCGGCACCACUUCCUCCUGAAGAGGAAGAGAACACACCACCAAAGCGGAAUCGGAAUGAAACCGGUCCCAAUGACUCAGUCGUGACUGCUACCAUUACAAUCGACACUGCAGGGAAACCUAGUGCCACCGUGGAGACCAGUGUCCCCAAGCUGAACAAAAGCUUCAGUGAACCGUCUCUGGAUAAACGUAAUGACAGUGGAGACAGUGAUGACGAGGCAUUUGGUUUUCAGCGUAAUUUCAACGCCAACAACAGGAACUCGAGUGCUAAGCCAAGGAAAAGCAUUCUAAAGAGCACACCAGAGACCCCAAUGUUGAGGAAAGCUAACUCUGCUGGUCGGGGAUUAAACAGGGUGCACAUAUUUAUUUCCAAGACGGUCAUCAAACCUGAGACUUGUGUGCCGUGUGGCAAGAGGAUUCGCUUCGGCAAGUUUGCAAUGAAAUGCAAAGACUGCCGGGCAGUGUGCCACCCAGAGUGCAAGGAUCGCCUUCCGUUGCCGUGUAUCCCAUCCUGCCCUAGCACGCCGGGGGUGAACAAGCUGUGUGAGGGUCUUAUUUCAGAUUUUGCUCCUGUUGAGAGGCCCAUGAUUCCCAGACUGAUUGUGAACUGUGCUAAUGAAGUGGAGCUGAGAGGGCUUGAUGAAGUGGGCAUUUACAGAGUCCCAGGAUCUGACAAGGACCAGAAGGAGCUGAAAGAGAAGUUCCUCAAAGGAAGAUAUCCAAAUCUGUCCAACCUCAAUGACAUCCACGUCAUAUGCGGGUGCCUGAAAGAUUUCCUGAGGGGCUUGAAGGAACCUCUCAUUACUUACAACCUGUGGCCAAGUUUUGUUGCAACCAACGAUAUCCGCUCAAGAGAGAGAUGUACUGAGGAGCUGUGUCGCCUUGUCAACUUGCUGCCUCAGGCAAACAGAGAUACUCUGGCCUUCCUUGUACAGCAUCUGCAAAAUGUUGCAGGGAGCCCAGCGUGUAAGAUGCCGGCCUCAAAUCUGUCCAAGGUGUUUGGACCAACAGUCGUGGGCUACUCCUGCCAGGAGCCUGCCCCCAUGCAGAUAAUGGAUGAGACUCAGAAACAGAACAGGGUCAUGGAGAGGCUUUUGGACAUCCCAAACGAGUUCUGGGCAGAUCAGCUGAACAUGGAUGAGAUCAGUCUGUUCCCCGCAGGAACCCCGUACACGCCGGACAGUGCUCAUGCAGGUUCUCUGUGAAGAUGCGUGAGCCGACCAAACCCAGCCGGUUUUUCUCCUCUCCUCUCGUCCACUGAGCUCAAGGAACAGACGUUUUUACACAGCGCACCGCAGCACAGCCGGCACUUCGUGCUCCAAGUUUGCUCUCUUGGAAAGCUUUGAGCAUUUAUGAAAUGGAAUGAUCCGUAUUAUUUUUGUAAUCAAAAGAAGACACUGGUGUAAAUCUCGCUGUGGUUAAGUGAUGUAUUCAGCGGAAAUGUUCAGCUUCCAAUUUUAUAAUUUUUUGAGGGAUUUAAAUUUUGUCUGACAAUCAUGUUUCUUUGGAUGAUUAAUGAUCAAAAUCUCUGUUCUGAUUGUUGGAGAGACUUUGCUUUGUCCAUGUUUUACCUUUCAGGAAGAAAAAACAACAACCCAAUCCUGGAAUAUAAAUCUUUCCGAUUUUUGUACCAUCUUUGGGUUGGGUAGGCUGACUUGUAUUUUUGUAGUGUGUUUGAUGAAUAUGUUUUUUUUUUAGUUUAGAAAUAUUUCCCAUCAGUGACAUGUGUGUUUCAGAUAUUUAUGGUUACAGUCAUUUACGUACCUAUAGUGCAUUAUCGCAUACUCCGACAUAACGUUAGACAUUACUCUGUUUGUAUAGUACUACAGAAAUGUGAAGACUUCGUUAGACAAUAUAACAGUAAUGACUGUGUACAUAUUAUAUGUUAUAUAUAUAUAUAUAGAUAUAGUCUUUCAUUUCCUUGGGUCUUUUUUUUUUCCAUACUCCUGAUACUCAUAGCAGCUGCUUCUUGGCCCUGUUCAAUUUUAUAGAGAUAUCAGGUCAUUUACCACACGUGCCAGCAGGGUUUAAGUCCUUGCAUUAUCCGUAAAUAGAUCAAAGUUGUUCAUAAAGUUUUCCAGUAUUUUUUCCCCCACCCAGUUGCAGCGUGGAUUGGGAUGGUUGUUGAUUCCGAGGUCUGGAAAGAAUGAUAUAUUUUUUCAAAGGCACCUGCUAGAUAGGUUCAGGUACUGUUUCAGCCAUUCCGAGGUCCCGCCUCAUAAAUUGCCAUUAUGCUGAAAGGGGCGUAAAACACACACCCGACCCAGACAGGUGUGCCGGUGAUCUCUUUGUAUAGUAUAGGUCUGGAUUGAUAACAACAUAUUAAUAAUAAUAAUAAUGAAGAUCAUUUCUAUAGCGCCCACUCCCGUGUAAACACAG